AUGAAUGAGACUAACAGCACAUAUAACUAUGACUAUGAGGACGAAGUCUGUGACAAAGAGAAUGUGGUCACUUUUGGAUCCUAUGCCAUUCCUGUUUUCUUCACUGUUGUGAUCACACUGAGCCUCACAGGAAACAUCCUCGUCCUUGUAAUCCUGGCUUUGUACGAGAAUCUCAAGUCUCUCACCAACAUUUUCAUUCUCAAUCUGGCCGUCUCUGACCUCGUCUUCACCACCGGUCUCCCCUUCUGGGCCAUUUACCAUAUCUGGGGCUGGUUGUACUCUGAGAUGCUGUGCAAAAUUGUGACUUUUGUUUUCUUCACCGGCUUCUACAGCAGCAUCCUCUUCCUGACCAUCAUGACUAUCUACAGGUAUAUAGCUGUGGUCCACCCUCUCUCUGACCUGAGGGCACAGAAACUCGUCACAGGGGUUUUUUUGUCUGUCCUCCUGUGGGUAAUCAGCAUUGGAGCAGCCAUGCCUUCUCUGCUCUACACCUCCCUCUCCUCAGUCCCUCAAAAUGGUGAACAUACAGUGGGCUGUGAAUAUGAAGCUGGCCUGUGGAAACACAUUAGCAUCUCCCAACAAAAUGUUUUUUUCUUGGUUGCCUUUGUAGUGAUGGCUUUCUGCUACAUUAAAAUAUUAGGGAGAAUCAGAAGAACAAAGUCCCACAAAAAAAAAAGAGCAGUUAAAUUAGUCUUCUGUAUUGUGGCUGUUUUCUUCGUGGGCUGGGUGCCGUACAAUGUAGUAAUCUUUCUGAGGAUUUUGGAUGACCAUUUGGUUGCACCAUUUGAUAAAUGCGAACGAAGUAUCCAGCUUGAAUAUGCAUUCCACGUGUGCCGGCUAAUUGCUUUCUCCCACUGCUGCCUCAACCCUGUCUUUUAUGCAUUUGUUGGUGUGAAGUUUAGGAGUCAUUUGAAGUCAAUGCUGCACCGACUGUUCAGUCGUCAAAGCCAAACUGGGGAACACCCAGUUAGAAUGCAAACCUUCCUCUCACAAGGAUCAAUGUACUAG